GGCGACGGUAUUUAAUACUUGUUUUUCUCUCUCCUGGCGGUAUUUAACAUUUCUUGCUAAACUGCUGUAUGCCAAAACGAAAUCAGACACUAUUAAAAAGUUCCGGAGAAAAUACAGCCUUUUGCACAGAAACAAAAUGGAACCCGGAACGGGGAGCUCGCCGUCGCUAGGGUUUUGAGGUUCACUUGAAGAAGAAAUGUAUAGGGCCUAUUUUGUUAGUACUCGUCUCUCACUCUCCGAAACUGGUAUUUCAAAUACAGGAGUUUUUUUCCCUCGGGUAUUUCUAUUACUCUGAUUGGAAAGGCAGACUGAUAUGAGAAUAUGGUGGAAGCAGACAGAGCUGAGGAUCUUGGAUUUAAAUGGGGUAAAACGAAAGGACGUGGAAAGAAAGGAGUUGGUGAAAAACAGAAAAUAGUCCUGUUUUACCAAUCUUUUAUUUAUGAUGGCGUGGAGUAUGGUCUUUAUGAUUGCGUUUACAUGUACAACGAAGUUGAACCUGAGCCUUAUAUUGGCAAGCUCGUAAAAAUAUGGGAAAACCCUGACAAGACAAAGAAAGUAAAGGUUUUAUGGUUUUUUCGCCCUCGCGAAAUUGCAUAUUAUCUUGGGGCUGAAGACACAGCCGAAAAUGAGUUGUUUUUGGCUUCGGGUGAAGGUGUAGGCCUUGCAAAUAUUAAUCCAUUGGAAGCAAUUGCUGGAAAGUGCAAUGUUGUUUGCACUUCAACGGACAGUAGAAAUCCACAACCUUCAGAUGAAGAUCUCCGAACUGCUGAUUUUAUAUUUUACCGUGCCUUUGAUGUUGGGCACUGCAAAAUACUGGAUAAGAUGGAGGAGAAAGUUGCUGGGAUUGAAGCGAAACUUUUAUUUAACAAAGUGGAUGUUCAGAAGCCCGAUGUUCUCCCGAAGCUUGAUUCUGACCGGAAAGAAGUUGGUGGAAAUGCUCUAGCAAGUAAGGAAACAGAGGUUCCUGCCAAGCAAAACCCAUCUAAUGAGCACAUCAGUCUAAAGAUUAAUGGAGUUUCUACCAAUGGUCUACAGAGAGAAAAUGCUGAUUCAAAUGCUUCAUUGGGUAAACAGAGAUCUUCACUUGGAGAGAACCCUGCUUCUAGUUUAGGGGGAGAAUUAGAUGAAACAACUAAAAUGAAUGAUAGAAUGGAGAAUAUCUCUGGUGACAGGACCAAUUUGGAAUCUAAAACUGAAGAAAAUUUAGACUUAAAAGCUUCGUAUAUUAAUAAACAGAAAUCUUCACUUAGAGAGCACCCUAUUUCUAGCAUAGGCGGAGAGUCGGAAAUUGCCAACACUAACCGUAGACAGGAAAAUAUUUCGAGAGACAAGACUGCAUUAAGGUCUGAAGCUGCUGUUAAGGAAGAGGGUCAAGUUGGUAAUAAUAUUUGCAGAAUUGAGGAGAAACUAAAAUCUGCUCAUGAUCAUUGUGAGCUAGAGGAUAGGCCAUCUAAGAAAGCAAAGUUUGAUGGUUCUGUAAAAGUGCCUGCUGAAAAGAAUGAGAGUAGUGUGAAGAAGUUAACCGUUGAUUUGGAUGGUAAAGAUGCAAAGGCUUUAGCAACUGUAAUUGCUUCUGAAGUUAAAUCUAGACUUGAACUUGCUAAGGAUUCGCAAGGGGCUGAAAAAGACCCCUCCAAGAAGUUGAAACCUGAUGAGAAAUCAAAACUUUCUUAUGGGAAGUUGCCUCAAGCAUCUCCUAGACAGUAUCCAGAUGAGGACAAAAAAAUUGAUCAUAAAGUAAUGGACAUUACCCGAAGACCAGAUGCUGAUAAAAGCAGAUGGUUUAGGGCAUUUCCUUGGGAAGACAGAAUGAAAAGUGCUAUUGAACAAGGAACAUUGGUUCUUCUUCAAAAUCUGGAUCCAGCUUAUACUUCAGCAGAAGUUGAGGAUAUUGUUUGGCAUGCCUUCAAGGAAAGUUGCAGAGCAAAGAUGAUUCAGCAAACUUCAAUUUCAAGCCCUCACUGUGUUAUUGGUUUUGUAGGUCAAGCUUUUGCUAUAUUUAAAACAAGGGAAGCAGCAGAGAUGGUUGUUAAAAAGUUAACCAAGGGCUGCCUAUUGAUAUCGAAUGGGAGGCCUCUUGUUGGAAGUAUUGGAAGUCCUUGCUUCCCAGAGAAGAAUCCAACUUUUUUUGGCCAUUUGGUUAUUGACAAACUCAGACAUCAGAUGCCAAGGGAAAUGAGAGAAGCUGUAUCUACUUCACAUUGUUCUCAGCCAAACACAAUUGAAUAUGAUAUGGCCAUGGAAUGGUGUUUACUUCAAGAAAGAUCAGACCUCUCUUGGAAAAAGUUGUAUAAGCAACAAGGGGAGGAGUUGAAAAAGCUUAAGUCAAGCCUCAAGUCCAAAUGAGAGCUAGUGGCUUUGUGUUCUUCCUCUUCUUGUACCUCUAUUUUUGUUCAUGCAUUCUGAAUCUCCUCAUCAGGAGGCACCCCGAAACAAUGGAAUUCGUGUUCAUGCCUUCAUCUGUACAAGAAGUUGUUGAAUCAGAGGGCUCCUACCAUCUAAUCAGUGAAUAUCAAUAAUUAUUUCCUUUGAAGAAGGUGGAGUGCGGAUAAUCAAAGCAGAUGUCCAGUUUAUCAGGAUUGAGGCAAAUUUUGAGCAUAAGUAAAUAUUUUUUGAGGGCGAUUCUAGGGGUUUGUAAUUGCAGAUCAAGCGCCUUGGCAACUUUUGGGGAAGCUAACUCAUCACUUUCUAUACCAUCAUGUGGAUGAUCAUGGAUGGUGUAAAACUCUAUCCUGUCUGUAUAAAUAUGUUCAGUAAUCAGGGUGCAUUGUCCCUAAUUGCACCUUAAUAUCCUUUCCCACCAAGUUGCCUCCAAUUUUCUGCAAAGAAAAUAUGAGGUUAAUUAUAUAGUAUUAUAUCGCCAGAUUCAGAUGUUUGAACUGCUAAUUUUAUACUUCAUUGGGAAGAGAUUGCCGAUUUUCAUAUCUUUCAGUUUUCCCAAAAGAAAAAUGAUAUUCGCCAGUUUAAUGGAAA